AUGGCUUCCAAGUCUGGAUACCAAUGCCUUUCAUGUCUUCUCAAAGAUACCUUCACCUCCCGCGCUGCCUCAGCCUCCCGCACCACCAGCAGCAAACGUCUCUUCCAUGUCUCCACCCCUCGAUCAGCCCGUCGAAGACCCGCCUACCCUUCUGUCAAGCAGUCCCGAAUCGAUGCCGCCGCCGCUCAAGAAGCAGACAUCCAAGCCCGAGCAGCCCAAUUGCAGCCCUACACCCAGCGCGAACGAGAACUCUUAGCCAUGCGUUACACUCCUGAGCAGAUGGAGAUCAUCGAGGCCGGGGAGGCCGCAAUAAGUUCCCGUGAUAUGGCGGAACAGGGACGUCUCCGUGGUGACGCUUUCCGGCCAACGUACAUAGACGACUUCUCCACUCUCCGACCGCUCGUGGACAAGCCCGCCCGUCUGGCCCUCGACGACGCCGAAGAUCAGGCGGGAGACAAGAAGAAGAAAGACGUGAAGAAGUUGAAACUGCCCGGCCCAUUGUCCGCCACGGAGGGCUCCGGCGGCGCAGAACCGCACCUCCAGCGCCUCUCCCUCACCACCGGUCUGCCUCUCCGCACUCUCCGCAGCCUCCGAAUCAAGAACCUCGUUUCCCACCGCGUUGUAAACCAGACACGCAUGGGCAAGAUACAGUCGUUGUAUUUCCUGACGAUCGCAGGGAAUCAGGACGGCAUGGUGGGCGUGGGUGAGGGUAAGGGAGCGGAAGACGAGGAUGGCAGACGGCAGGCGAUGAUGAACGCGAUUCGAAAUCUCAAACCCGUGCCGCGGUAUGAAGGACGGACGAUUUUUGGCGAGGUGGAGGGGAAGGUCGGUGGGAGCGUGGUGAAGCUUAUGGCUCGGCCGCCUGGCUUCGGCAACAGGUGCCAACACCUCAUCUUCGAGUUGGCGCGUGCGGCCGGUAUCUCGGAUCUGGCGGCCACGACGCCGCGGUCGAGGAACAAGAUGAAUGUGGUCAAGGCGGCAUGGCAGGCGCUGACGAGCCAGCGCUUACCCGAGGACGUGGCCCGGGCGAGGGGGAGGAAGAUGGUGGAUGUGCGGAGGGUGUACUAUGGUGGGUUGGUGGGUUAA